AUGUCAUUGUCUCUCUCUCUCUCUCUCUCUCUCUCUCUUGUUACUUUUCACGAGUCCUGGUCACCGGUCGUCAUUAUCACUGUAGCAAUGCUGUUCAUCUAUUAUUCAACUCUAAUCAGCCGCAUUCUCACGGCACCGGCAGCGAGUACUGUUCCGAUACUGGUCAACGAGGGAGUAGGUCCCUAACAGCUUCUCUUUCAUCUCAUGCUUUUGUUUAAGAUUUUCAUAUUGAUCAUAAUUGGUAGAGAAAAAAGUAAUAUACGAGAAAAAUAAAUAAUAUACCAUUGAAUCGACGGACUGUACCUAGUUUAAUUACCGUCUUAAUGACUGAGUCAACCAGCCCAUUCUAGGACGCGUGUGGCGUGAAGUUAGUUUACUUUUCCUUGGACAUUGGUUGGCUAAUGAUGACGAAACUAAGCCUUCAGAAGGGGUCCCCAUACCGCAUAACACUUUCUGAGAUCGACACCGAGUUGCUCAAGCCCUGAGAAACCUGCCGAAGCCGCGCUUCCCUCCUUUUAACGCCCACCCCUCAAUCGCCUUCUCCCACCGACCGAGCGCGGACGAGAACGGAGUCUCCUCUCCCCUCCACCGAUGCCCGCUCUUCCCGCUCCUAAAAUGGGUACGGGCUCGUCUUCGUGUCCUUCUCUGGGUUGUGAGCAAAGGAGAGGGUUGUGGUUUCCGCGCACACGUCCUCGUCCUUGGUCACAAGCGACCAUUGCCUUAUACCCGCAACACUAUGCCGAUAGCCUUUCUCAGGUUCUCCCCCGUGACAACAUGGUACAAUCUCUCUUUCUCCCUCCCUCGGCUGUGUCCUUCUCUGUUGGUCUCACCCCACAUCUCGGUGCAUCUCUCUAGUGCCCUAUUGCUACCGCGAGCUUUUUGGAGGACCAGGUACAGGUCGAUCUCGGCCGGAGGAGGGUAGAACAGCUGAAGGAAGAGGUAGCGAGAACCCUGAACAGGAGUUGCGCCACGAAAGAUGUUAUACAGUGCGUCGACAAACUCCAGCAUCUGGGGAUCGCAUACCUUUUCACGGAGGGUAUUAAAAGUCUCCUGGAUCGAAUCGCCGACUCCACAGUUGCAGAAGACGAAGGCCUCUUCCAUGCCGCGCAGCGGUUUCGGGUUUUAAGGAAUUACGGGUACAACGUCGCCCCGGGUACGUCCCCUUCUCUCUCUCUCUGGCGUAUUCGUCGUUACUGACGUGUCUUUUUGAUUGAUCUCCGUUCUAUAGAUUUAUUCCACAAGUUCCUCAACAGAGAAGCAAAAUUCAAGGACUCCUUGGCCGCGGACUGGAGAGGCCUUCUCAGCUUGCACGAAGCCUCUCACUAUGGAACCAGCCACGAAGGGAUCAUGUCCCACGCCAUGGAGUUCAGCAAGAAACAUCUAAAGUCACCAAAGUCUCCUUUCACUCCUCAGCAGCUCGCUCAGAUUAACCACACCCUCGAGCUCCCGAGGCACAUGAGGAUGGAAAGAUUCGAAGCCUGGAGGCUCAUCCAGGAGAGUACCCACCCAAAAGGGAACUCAUCACCUCUCUUGGAGCUCGCGUCUCUGGACUAUAACUUGGUUCAGUCACAGCACCAAGAGGAACUGGAGGAGUUCACAAGGUGGUGGAAGGAGCACGGUCUGGCGCAUAAGCUCAGCUUUGUGAGAGAUCGUGCACAGGAGUUCUUUCUGUGGACUGCGGGGAUAUUUCCCCAGCCCUCUUUCUCCAGGUCCCGGAUAGAGCUCACUAAAAGUGUAGGCAUGUGCCAUCUUCUUGACGACUUAUAUGAUCGCUAUGGAUCAUUGGAAGAACUCACCCUCUUCACUGAUGCCAUCAAAAGGUUUGCAGGCCCGGGUAAAACAGUUUGCCUUCUUUUCCUCGUUGGCAGUUUCGUUAACUUUAGACUCUUUUCACUGGUUUAA